CUUGCCGACAGGCGCAAGACGACAUAUAAUGCGAAUUUUAUUGAAAUUAUGGCAUCGAAACCUCCGAAAGCGUGUGUCAUCUCUGUGUUAAACCAGCUGUCGUUCUGCAGCACCUUUCGAGUUCUUAAUGAUUGAAGUCAGAGUGCCGGACAAUGCUAGCCAAUUAGCCCGGGGUUAUCGCUAGCUGGCUAAGGAAGUAAGCCAGUUAGCUAGCAAGCCGCGUCAGCUUGCCAGAGGCUGAUAUCUUGUUUCGCGCAUUUCAAGGCUCUUCGCCGACCUCUGUAACUGUUAAACCGGCACCUAAACGAAAACAGUUGAUAGUGGCUUUACCAAUGUCAAAUAUAAAAGACUUAAACUUCCACACUCUGCCUUUAAAAAUGAACAGACAGUAGUGUUUCUCCUAACCGGCUGGUUUUCUGCAAACGCUGCCCUUUUGUUUUGACAAAGGAAGAGGACCUGAGUUUCUUUUUCUUUUUUUUUACACCACUUCACAUCUGGUGGUGGGACACUUUCCUUGGCCAUUUUUUGGCAAUGGCUCCCCAGAAGCAGAGCUCUUCAGGUGGAAGCCACCCGGUGGGUUUUGGUUCUGGAGGAAAAGCCAACGGGUUAUACCAGUCUUCCUCCUCUGCGAUGGCUGCAGCCAAGAAGCCCAACCUGCAACUCAUUCAAGCCGACCACGAGUUGUUCCUGCAGGCCUUCGAAAAGCCAACACAAAUCUACAGGUUCCUCCGCACCAGGAACCUGAUUGCUCCGAUAUUCUUGCACAGGACGCUCACCUACAUGUCCCACAGAAACUCAAGGAAUAACUUCAAAAGGAAAAGCUCCAAGGUUGACAAUCUGUUGUUCAAAGUGGAAAAGAUGAGAGGCGAACAGGAGACUCACAGCUUGGCGUCUAAUCUGCAGCUCACCUUUACCGGCUUCUUCCACAAAGCUGGGAAGCCGUCUCAGGACAGUGAGAACGAGCAGAACUCCGUGUCUCUGGAGGUGUUGCUGGUCAAAGUCUGUCACAAGAAGAGGAAGGAUGUGAGCUGUCCGGUAAAGCAGGUCCCGACGGGGAAGAAGCAGGUUCCUCUGAACCCAGAACCGGGCGCUGGGGUCCAGGCCAAGCCGGGCUCCUUCCCCUGCCUGCUGGUUCCCAGCAGCGAGUUUGAACCCAGCAACUCUCACAUGGUCAAGUCUUACUCGCUGCUCUUCAGGGUCUCGAGGCCCGGAUACCCCCGAAAACAGAUCAACGGCCUGGCCAACGGGGAGAACCACCACAGCAGAGAUUUUACAGAGGAAAUGGUGAACAGGAAGAGGAGGAGCUCCUCUCUCAGGGAGGAGGGAGAGACCACAUUUGUGGCUCAGAUGACCGUCUUUGAUAAAAACAGACGUCUGCAGUUGUUAGAUGGAGAGUAUGAGGUGUCUAUGCAAGAGAUGGAGGAGUGUCCCAUCAGUAAGAAGAGGGCAACCUGGGAGACCAUCCUGGACGGAAAGUGUCUGCCUCCGUUUGAGAGCUUCUCUCAGGGUCCCACCCUGCAGUUCACCCUGCGCUGGACCAGCGACUCCUCCGAUCGCUCCACUGCUCCUGUGGCUAAACCUCUGGCCACCCGCAACUCUGAGACCAACCAGGACCCCAGACCCAGCACCCUGAGAGCCACCCACACUCUGGCUGUGAAAGAGUCCAUAAAUGCUGACGUGCAAACCAGAAGAGAACAAAUCUCAGCUGAGCCCAGACAGAAACUACGCAUCUUCUACCAGUUCCAGUACAACAACAACACGCGGCAACAGACGGAGGCCAGAGACGACCUCCACUGUCCCUGGUGCACCCUCAACUGCAGGAAGCUCUACAGUCUGCUCAAACACCUCAAGCUGUCUCACUCCCGCUUCAUCUUCAACUACGUGCCCCAUCCCAAAGGAGCAAAGAUCGAGGUCUCCAUCAACGAGAGUUAUGACGGUUCGUACGCAGGGAACCCGCAGGACAUCCACAGCCAGCCGGGCUUCGCCUUCAGCAGGAACGGCCCCGUCAAGAGGACCACGGUCACCCACAUCCUCACCUGCAGACCCAAGAGGACGAAGGCGAGUCUGUCGGAGUUUCUGGAGUCGGAGGACGGCGAUCGGGAGCAGCAGAGGACGUACAUCAGCGGACACAACCGCCUUUACUUCCACAGCGACAGCUGCGUGCCGCUCCGGCCUCAGGAAAUGGAAGUGGACAGCGAGGACGAGAGGGACCCGGACUGGCUCAAAGAGAAGACCGUCAAGCAAAUCGAGGAGUUCACUGACGUCAACGAGGGCGAGAAGGAGAUCAUGAAGCUGUGGAACCUCCACGUCAUGAAGCACGGCUUCAUAGCCGACAACCAGAUGAACGAGGCCUGCCUGCUGUUUGCUGAACACAACGGCGCCCACAUCGUCAAACACAACCUCUACCGCAACUUCCUGCUGCACCUGAUCAGCAUGCACGACUUCAACCUGGUCAGCACGCUGACCAUCGACCGCGCCAUGGCCCGACUGCGCCUCAUGCAGAGCCAAGUCCGCCAGACGGACAAAGACGGGGAGGAAGAGGAGGAGGAGGAGGAGGAGGAAGAGGAGGACUGGGAGACGGCCGUGGAGUCCCAGCCCGAGCUGGAUCCGGAUCCGGAUCCAGAUCCGUCGGAGUAUAAACCCUGUAGCGAUGAGACCAGCAGCGGCUGCCUGGAGAACGGAAGCCAGCAGCAGGAGGCGGGAGGAGCUGUGACGGGCAGGUCGACCAGCAAGCAGAAAGUAGACUGACUGACUGUCAAUCAGAGAGACUCAGAGAUCCACAGACCAGACCAGCGGGUCGGAAAGUACAGGCUUCAGACCAGAAUCUGCAAAAAGGCGACAGACAACCAGGUGUCAUCUCACUCACACACACACACACACACACACACACACAGGUUACUGCAGGGAUGAUGUUUUCGAGCGCAAGUCACACCAGAAGCAGACGAAGCCGUAUGAUUCAUCAUUUUUUUGUCACGCGUCCUGACAGAUACUGUAGAUGUAACCGGGUUCGCGCUCCCACGUCCAACCCAACAGGUUUAUUCAUGACGAAACUGUGGAGCGAGCACAGAUUCAGCCUUCAGCCUCUGAAGCUGGUGUUAUUCUGUAGUUCUCUUAUUGUCAGCGACCGUCUAAAAAAAAAACCUAAAAUGCGUUCCUGACUUCCUGUCUGUGGCUCUCAGCUCGAAGCCCAUUGGUUGCUACUGAAGAUGUAAAUCUUUAAAAACACGAAUGUCUCAUUUCCUGAAGCAGCUGCUCACUGUAGCCUCUCCAACUGGAGGAAAUGGUGCAUUUAUUGGGGACUAUUUUCUGCGGCGGAUUAAUCCACAUUUGGUGCCGCAGUGAGAACCAGAGUGGCUCAUUGAUGUGUUUUCAUGAUCUAACAGGUUGUGAGUUUAUCAGCGGUGAUCUUCUCACUGAGUUGGCACAGAUUUGAGAAGUCUGGAUCUGCUGUCAGCUGUUUUUGAGCAGCGUGCGACAUUAACCAUCGUGUUUUCUGGAAGUUUUUAAGAAGAAGCGCUCGUCGUAUCUGGCUGCUGGAGCCUGAUCCUGACCUGCAGAUUCACUUUGUGCUCGCUUCGUAGUUCAGUGAACAAACUGGGAUCGUUUCCUUCGUCUUCCUCGCUGUGAAGGACCAAUCAGUGACCUUCCAGCCACACUCUGCUGCACCAAAGGCUUUCUGUCCCGCUGAGCGUGUUCACAGUCAUGUUAGUGUUACUGUUACGUGUCACAGAUGUCUGAUCAAAGGUCAGGUGAUCAGUUCUCCAGGUGUCUGAUCUGGUCCCUGAUUAGGAUCAGGUCUAAUAAGGUCUGGACUGAAGCUGCUGCAGUUUCACCGGGACAGACUGAUAUUUAUUCUGUUCAUUUGAGUCAAACACAAACCGGCUCAGACGGCUGGGAUCAGAUCCUGGAUCAGACUCACAGCAGCGACUCAAAUAUUCCGGUUUCAGGGCUCAUCUGGUCACUGUUUACACACGAAGAGGAGUCAGGAGGAUUCACCUGGGACACUAGUGUGCCUACACACACACACACACACACACACACACUUCCUGUGCAGUAUCUACUGUUGGUGCUACAUCUUUUUAUUCCUCAGAAACACUUGCUGGUCAUUCGAAUGCGUCCCGGCUCCUUUCGUACCGCCAGCACUCAAACACCAAGAUGUACUGAUGCUUUUUAAACGGACUCGUUGCUUUCCUCCUCUUCUCCCGCUUCGUGCUCCACCUCUUUGAGUUAAAGGCUGAAUUCGUUUCGACGCUGCAGCCGUUUGCUCCUGAGCUGUUUGGUUUCGUCUCAUUGUCCCUCCCUCGUACUCAAACAGUUAUUUUCUCGUCCAAAGCGAUCGCUCGUCUGAACUGUUGGUCCAGCUUCUGUUGUGAGAAGCUGCUGCUUUUGUUUCAAAUCAUUACGAACUGAAUCAUUUUGGGCUUUUGGACUGUUGGUUUCGUAAAAAGGGCUCCGGGAACCGGUGAACCGCUUUUGCUUAAUUUAUCGUCUAGUUGAUUAAUUGACAGAAUGAUAAUGAAUGAAAUUGAGUAGCUGCAGCCCCCCUUCACAGACGGCAGAGCCUGAAAUGGCACACAGGUACAAUUCAUCAGCCUGAACUGAACUGGUUUUGGGUUAUUGUCGGUGUUGCUGCACCUGCUGUCAUGUACAUAAGACUCUGUGAAACGAUGUGUAAUACAUUAGCUUUGGAUUACGAGUGUUUGGAAAGCUGAACGCCACCCGGGAGGUUUUUUAGUUUUAGUUUACAGACCAAAGGGGAUACAUUUUCCUGAUUUCUCUGCUCUUGUUUCUUGUCUUCUGUGAAAACUUCUUGCUUUUUUAAAACAAAAGAUUUCUGCAAAGUAGAGGGCUAAACACACAGAAAAAAAAUAAUCAUAUUGCUGUUAUUUGGACAGAUAUUACAAUAUGAGUCACAGUUUUAGUGGAAAUGGUCAUUUCAUUUCCACUGAAAAGAAUAUAAAAAUGACGAUAAUGUGAUUUUUGUUGGCGUCUGCACCGAACAGCAUGCUCCCUUACAGCUGGAGGCUGCAGCGUCUCUGCAGCACCACGGUGUUUCAUUUAUAAAUGCAUGUUUUUACCUUCAUCAGUAAAUUGCAGCUGCUGCAGUUUAAGUGUUAAGUGUUGCACUUGGUGCGAUUUUGAUUGUCGAGGCCCUACUGCGAAGCAGACGCUAGCUGCAUCUGUGAACAUCUGACCCGAUAUCGCCGUGCUAAGUUUCAGUGAGAUGAAAAGUACAAUGUGCAGAUGUUUCAUAGUUUUCUGCUCCACGUUGAACCGACUGUAUGCAGCCGUUCGGACCGACAUCGAUGCACCAGUGCAGCAGCUGAUGCAGGAACAUGUCGAGGUUUGAUUUAUUUGUGACCCUGCUCUAUGAAAGCUUUACAUCAAUCAGAAGUCUGAUGGUGACAAAUCCAGCUCGCACACAUCUGGUUUGGUGUUUGUGUUCACAGCCGUCUGGUUCAUAUGUGGCAGCUCUGACUGACGUGCACGAUGAUGGAGCCCACUGUAGGUUUUUCUUGUUUUUUUUAAUUCAUUCACAUGAGACCAGCAGCAUUUUGCACACGAUGGGAGGAGCCAUGUCAAGAAAACGAGACUUUUCUUCAACAAUUUAUGUGAAACCAGCUUGACGUUGUGAACUUUUGAGUUGAGUCAAAGUGGUUUUCUAUUAAAAGAACAAUUUUGUACU